GAACUUUCCUCAAAUUGGAAAACACUGCAGGCCAAGAUUCAGCAGGAAUCGAACAAGACCAGAGGGCAGAAGCGGAAAUCAACAGACGACAUUCAUCACAACGACGGCCCAGCUCAAGCGAUUUCUAGUGCCAGAAAGAGAGCAAAAGUCAGCCCCAGGCAUCCUUCGCGAAAACCAGCUGAGCAGGUUUCCGAGAGCAGGAAGCCCAAGGCGGCUCAGAAGUCAUCUAUGGGCGCAGUGCAGUCUCAGACCAGCAAGCCUGGCAUAUCCGCAUCCCUGGCGCUGUGGGCAGAAGACAACGACAUCUCCCCAGAAACCCUCUCGGAGGCUUAUGGCCUGGGUACCAAGGAUAGCUCGAUGCUCACAGCCACAGCGGUGCGGCCCAAUGAAGGUCUUGCCAACAAUGUCCAGCUCGGCAAGUACAUUGCUAUCGACUGCGAGAUGGUCGGGGUAGGGGAAGGAGGCUACGGCCACGCGCUGGCCAGGGUGAGCAUUGCCGACUUUCAUGGGCGCCAGGUCUAUGAUUCCUAUGUCCGCCCCAAGGAGCGAGUGACCGAUUGGAGGACCAGGAUCAGCGGCAUUGCACCUAAGCACAUGGCCACAGCUAGGGAUUUCGAGGAGGUUCAGGCGCAGGUCGCAGAGCUUCUGCACGGGCGGAUCGUUGUUGGUCAUGAUAUUCGCCACGACUUGGACGUUCUCAUGUUGGACCACCCGAGAAAGGAUAUUCGUGAUACCGCCAAGUUCUCGGAUUUCAAAAAGUACGGUCACGGUCCGAAGCCUGCCUUGAGAGUUCUCGCCAGGGAGAUUUUGGGUGUCGAGAUCCAGACAGGCCAGCACUCAAGUCUCGAAGAUGCCAGGGUUGCAAUGCUGCUUUUCAGGAAGCACAAGCCCGCUUUCGACGUUGAACACGCCAAUCGGUAUCCCGAGCCCGCCCCGAUAACGUCUCAACACAAGGCGGCCAAGCCAAGGCAGAAAAGG